AUGGAAUGGAGAAAUGUUACCCCAACCCUACCAACCCUAACUCCCUUCAACUCUCCAACGGUGCAGCACACACUCCCUCUCUCGUCCCUCCCAUCACCCUCGAGCUGGCCGUUCCUCUCAACACCGGCGAGUUCAAUCCCUCCCUUUCGCUCAGCCGCCGGACUGCUCCUGACGCCGUCGCCGGUUGGAGCUUCGAAGCUCACUCGGUCCCUCACUCAGCUAACGUCUCAGACUCUCAGCAGUAGAAGCACAGUCGCUGGGCUCGCCUCCUGCCUCCGUCGCGUAGCUUUGUUCCUCCGUCGCAAUCUCUGUUCCUGUCUCCGUCGCCAGUUCUGUUCAUGCCUCCGUCGCCAGCUCUGUUCUUCUAGAUCUUCACUACCUAUACAGCUUGUGCGUUGGAGCUUACUGGGUUAUCUUGAUCUUCCUCCAAUAGUUCAUGGUCCUGAACAACAAUAUUGCUUUCUUCUGGCACCUCCGAUGGGUAUGAAUAAAAGACCUGCAAGAUCAAAUUUGUACGAGAUCUGUGCUGCAAACCAUUGGAGGCCCCCUCUAUUUGAAUGUUACAAACAGGAUGGUCCAUGCCAUCAGAUAAUGUUUACCUUCAAGGUUACUAUUGAGAUAGAAGAUGCAUCGAGGAACAUUAUAGAGUGCUAUGGUGCCCCUCGUCGAAAAAAGAAAACAGCCGCAGACGAUGCAGCUGAGGGAGCUUUGUGGUACCUAAAGAAUAUAGGCUAUGAGAUGAAGAACCAAUAAAACAAUAUGUUAUUGGAUAUCAUCAACACUCAGUCACUCAUGGCUUCGCAUGCCCCCAAAUUCAAUUCAUUCGGUGAUGCUCUCUAGACUCGGUUGCCAAAUCUCAGGAGACCAUGCUUUCUUAGGAGAUUCCCUACAGUCAUUUCCUGUCGAAUAUUGCAUCCUUCUGCUAGUAUUAAGAAAAUAUAGGGAUUAAUUUUUAAUUUGUAAAUAUUACUUAAUUUUUUUUAAUUUUAAAAUUUGUUAUUUUGUGGAAGAUAUAGGAUAUAAUGUUUAUAAUUUAAAAUUUAUGAUUAAAAAUAUAUGAUUUACAGAAAAUAAAUCUCUUUUAUUUUUUAUUUUAAUUAUUUUA